CCUAAUGGGUAUAACAAAAGAAAUUCAAAAACGGGAAAUGGAAAUAAAUGACAAACAUUAAAACAUUUUUAAAAGAAAAAUCGAAAAUCUUAAUAUUACCUGCUCGUACGAUUCUUUAAGAUUUUUAAUGACUACGUCAAUAGAUUCCUUCUUCUUCUUUGACUUGAAUAUUUUUAUUUUUCUUCGUUUGUUUGCCAUCGCAAGCGUUUCCAAAUGAAAUGGUAAACACGGCUGGAACGUUCAACUCGUACGCUUAUUACACGUGUAUGAUGUUGGUGUACGGCACUACAGUGUUAUCUUAAUUAAUCUAAAGUUUAUUGGUUUUUGAUAUCCGUGCUACAAAAACAAUCACUGUUAUCUCCAUAGAUAAUACAUUAUCUAUCAUUAUCGCGCGAUUUUAUAAGAACUAAAUAUAAAAAUAAUAAUAAAAAAUAAAAACCAUGUUUAAUAAAACCAAUACAUUACUCGAUCUGUUCAGAAUCUAAACAAGUGUAAGUGUUGGUAAACAUUUUUAUUAAGUUUAUGACUAGAUAAGACCCCGAAACAAUCAGUCAAUAAACUCAUGAACUAAUGGGCUAUUGCCCUAUUGGGCCGGCAAAAUAUGAUUUCCACUUUCCAGUCCCGAAAUUGGUUCCCAAUAAUUCGUAGUUCCCACUCCGCAUCAGAUAUAGGUGAAUAACACUGUUAUCUCAUAUCAUCUGUUUUUUAAUUAUAAUAAAAUUAUAAUUUUAUAUAAUAUAAUAGUAUUUAUAUAACUAUAUAAUAAUAUAAUAUAAGUAUGUAAGAUAAUAGUUCAUAUUGUACCAAAACCAAAUCACUAUAAAAUCGUUCCUACGUUUUCUUUUGUGAUUCCUCAUCGGCCUCAUCUGCAGUUGUAAUGUAAUCACUAAUCUUUUAUCAGUAACUCAUCGAAGGAAAAACUGUAGUCAUUUUAUUUUAAUUUCUAUAUUAAAUAAUAUAUAAAUAAAAAUAUAUGCACGCGUAUUAGAAAUACAAACUAAAGUUAAUAUUUUAGUUCGUUAUGGAAACGGAUGACGGAAUCGUACGUUUAAUGGUAAGUUUUUUCAAGUACAUAUUGUUAAAGACUAGUUGAAAUCUGGUUCUGUGAAAAAAAAUAAAUAUUUUCGCUCCGUCUUGCCAAUGUCCUAUGAUUGAAUUUUCGAUUUUCCUAUUUGCCACCGAGUUAUAACUGAUUCAGAAGUGCUCGUUCGCGGUCUUAAAAAACCAUCUUUAUAUUUUCCAUUUACCUUCCUUACCUUAUCAACGUUCUGCAAUCAGAACUCAGAAUUUACAUUUUUCAAUUCCUCGCAUAAACAACAAAAUUUUAACACUCGUUACUCACCCAAAAGCCUUGUCAUUAAAAAAUCUUUACUAUUUAUCUUUUUAUAAGGUACUUACCUUAUACCUUAUAAGGCACUUACCUAUUAUAGGUAUAACCUAUAAUAAGGUACUUACCCUUAUAGAAAAUCUCUAGAAUUUUAGAGGUACUAAUAUAUUUAAGAUAUUUUUUAAUUUAGUUUUGACCCCAAGAGUCUGGACAGCGUCUGUAAAUAAUACAAUUUUUCCAAAUCUGUGAACACACAACUUUAAACCGUUCGUAUGACUGUGGGAAAAGGCAAAUCGAAAAUGUUAUCAGGUACAUUGGUCUGGCAGCACUUGGAAAAUAUAUGUAUUUGGCUUUUUUCGAUAUGUUGUCUUUUAUUUUUACCUCAAAAGCCAGUUUUCACUUGUUUAUGUAUUGUUUUUAAAUUUCAGCCUCAAACUACCACUGGAAUUGAAAUUGCCACAACGACAAUCGGAGCUCUCAUUAAUCCGCCUGUUUCAACUAUUGUGUCCCUAAAUAAUCUACCGUCGUCAACAUCAGCAGCUGUACCUCUUGGUAAUUUAAUGAUGACGCCAAUAACGUCUCUUAACAGUUCAUCUAUAUCUACCAUCACGUCUUUGAGUAAUCCAUCUGUGUCUACUAUUCUACCUCUAAACAACACACAAGUUUCGACAAUUUUAUCUGGCAAUAACUCGACGUCUUCAACAAUCACAGUACUUAAUAAUCCUUCGGUAGUAACAACCACUCAUCAAAAUAUUGUUUUACAUCAAUUUCAACAACAAAAAUUCCAACAAUUGCAACAACUACAAUUGCAACAGCAAAAGCCACAAUUACUACAACAACUUCAACUACAGCAACCUCAAAAACCACAAAUAUUACAUAUUCAGCAGCCACAACAACAACAGUCUCAGCAGCAACUACAACUGUCUCAACAGCAGCAGCAAUUACAACAACAGCAGUUACAACAACAGCAACAGUCUCAACAGCAGCAACAACAACUAUCACAGCAACAGCAGCAGCAGCAGCAACAACUAUCUCAACAGCAGCAGCAACUGUCUCAACAACAACUGUCACAACAACAGCAGCAGCAACAACAACAACAACAGCAGCAGCAGCAACAACAACAACAGCAGCAGCAACAACAACAACAGCAGAUAACUGUAAAAAAUGCAGUCAAUCCAGAUAGUGCAGCUGUAAGUAAUUAUUCUACUGAAUUUGACUAUUUUACAACACCUCAAUUAUUUAAAUAUUUGUCUCCCUUAGUUAUUAACAAAAACACGAUUACGCGAGCUAGUCAAAGAAGUAGAUCCUAAUGAACAACUAGAAGAAGAUGUUGAGGAACUAAUGUUGCAGAUAUCUGACGAUUUUGUUGAAGAGUUAGUCAAAGCAGCAUGUGUGUUUGCUAAACAUAGAAAAUCGAAUAUUGUUGAAGUUAAAGACGUUCAAAUGUACUUAGGUAACUAUUAAAAUAAAAUUUUAAAAGUUAUUGUAAUGAAUUAGAGAUGUGACGAACUAUUAGAACAAAACCGAUUAACUGAACCAAAUACUCAAUAGUUCUGUUUGAAAAUCAUUUGAUACCGAUUUUACGCGGUCACCAACACGAUGUUCUGUGGUGGGACAGAGCGGCCUUGUUACAAAAAAGAAAAAUUCUAUUUUUCGCAUUAAUGGGUAUGGGUCUCGUAUCGUAAAUCCCAAGACUAGGCAGUUUGAGAACCUAGGUAUUUUACCUAACCUUACCAAACCUAACUUUUUUUCCUUUUUCAUUAGUUUGAUAAAAUAUUUUAAAAGUUUGGUUUGGUUUGGUUCAAACCUUGAAAAUCAGAGUUCAUAAUAUCUCUAUGUUGAAUAUUUUCAAUUAAAUGUGAACAAUAUAUAAUAAAUAUAUGUUGUUUUUUUUUUUUUUAGAGCGAUAUUUAAAUAUGUGGAUACCAGGUUUUGGGACUGAUGAAUUGAGACCAUACAAAAAAGCACCAAUCACCGAAGCCCAUAAACAGCGUACGGCACUUAUCAAGAAAGUAGCUAGUAAAAAAUAUUAAUUCAAUUGUCAAAUUUGUCAACUACUACCACUUGUCAGGAUUUAUUAUUGGUUGUUUAAAAACAUGUUUAAUUAAUCAGUUCAUAAUUUCAUCAAUAUAAAAUUCACAAGUACACUACUUUGAUUGUAAUUAUUCUCAAGCAUUGUCAUAAUCAGUUCUUUAAAACUUUUCCAAGUCAAAAGAUAAUUUCCAUAAUUCUUAGAUUUCAUUUUUUUACGUGUUUUUUAGUUUUUACAUUAAUGUAAUGUGCCACAUAUUAAUUCAAUAAAUGAAUAAAAUAAUUAUCACGUUAUUUAUUGAUUUAUUCAUUUAUUUAGCUAAAUUAACAAUUUACAAUCAAAUUAAAAUAUAAAUUAUUAAAACAAAAUUUAGAAAAUAGCAACUCCAAACUAGAAUUUAAAAUAAUUAUGUUAAUUUAAAUUAACUAUAUGCAAAAUAAUAGUAAGUACAAGAAAGCAGUGGGUGGGUGGGAAUACAAUGUUUGUUGUUAAGUUAGAAUUUAUUUUGGGGGUUAUUGCAUCCUAUGUGCUUUUGAGAAGUUCUUUAAUACCUCUGAUUAUUCAUAUUGAGCAGAUUCAAUGUGUUUUGUUAUAUAUAUUUAAGGGCCAGAACCACAGAAAGGGGUUAGGGUUAAUCCAUAUUUAUCCAAUUCUACCAUGCUCUAUUUGAAGUCAAGGAAGGUUGGAUCCUGGAGGGGGGCGGUGGACAGAUUAAUAUUCAAUUAUAUUUUCAAAAUCCGAGUUUCCUAUUUGCUAUGUAAAAUUUAAUUUUAUGAAAGAGUUAAAUUUUUCCAAUAAUAGUUUUUUUUAUAAGUUAAAAAAUUUUUAAAUUUCAAAAUGUGUGCUAUCCACAUACAUAUGAGGAAUGCAUUAUUCUUAAAGCAUUUAGACCGUUUAUUGAACUAGUGAGUUUUGUCUACAUAGGUUUAGCAGGUCUAUGUUGCAAAAUAAAGGCAGUUAUCGUGUGGGAGUAUACAAGAUGUCCCAUUUAUAAUUCUUGUGGCACAGUUAAGUUGUAUGUCUACCUAAUUUGUAUGUACACUUUUUGGCUAGACCUGCGCAAAGUACUCUGCUACUGAGUAAGUAUGAAAUAGUGUUGAUAUUUCCAAUGAGUAGGCAUUGGCUUCCCAUGGUGUAUAAACAAGUUUCUAUGUAAUACAGUUUUUUUUUUUUUU